AUGUUCGCCCUGCAGACACUUCACAAGACCGGGUGGGCCCAGAUUCGUGAGUACGGGGAUGAGAACUUCCCUCUCUUCAACGUGGCUCCGAAAAAGAGGACGGGCGUCGACCGCGACUUCGAGGUGAAGCCACUGGAUCCACAGCUGAAGCCAUGGCUUUCGAAAAGCCUCGUCGGCCUGCAAGGUGGUGUGAGGAACUCCGGGGCGGAGCUUGUGGUGUACAUCGCGAACCUGACCACCCAGGGUGUUGUCAGUGCGCCGAAGGUGAGUUUCCUGGUGAAUUCCUUGCAAACAGCGGCAGCCAACAUGCCAAACACCUUCGUCGGUCUUGUGUUCAUGCCGAAUCGUGCCUCAGACGGCCGGGUCAGGACGAAGGAGCAAGAGCAGGAGGAGGAAAACGAAAUGAACAGGGCCGUCGAGGAGGAUCCAACGGACGACAUCGACAGCGACGCCUUGAAGGCAUCCAAGGUCGAGGCGACCUCGGCGCUGAGGGACUUCAAGUACACCCUCAUGGUGACUUUGCAAGAGCAGGCGAGAGGCCUGGAGGUCAGACCUUUGAGCUUGAUCUUCGACGAUGCUACGGUCUACAGACAAAGGAAUGCUUCUCACGAGGCUUGGCUGGUGACGAGCACACAGGCCACCAGCUUGGUCCGGAAGACGAUCUUCAAAAGGCUCGUCCUUGACAAAGUCCCGAUGCUGCCCCGGUCAGAGAUGGUCAAGGUUGAGGCCGGUCGCAAAGUGGGCGCCGACAGCGAUCGGUUGUCCAAGUCCCAGGAGAGUUGUUUUGCCUGCGGGGAGAUGCGGCAACAUCUUGGAGGGACGGGCUUGGUGAAGAAGUUGCUGGUUGCAUUGGAUGCACACAAGUCGAAUACGGUUAUCGUGGACCUCUUCGGCCAUGACGGCUGGGUCGGACUUGCAGCCUUGCAGAUGCAAAUGGAGAACAUGAGAUGUGUUUGUGCCACGGUGGCACACACCGAUGUGGAAUACAAGUUCUGCAAAGAGCCUUGGAUGAAAUUUAGUGACGUCAGAUCCAGUCUUUUGUCUGAGUGUUGCAUUGUCUGUGUUUCGAUCGAGGAUGUGCUGCUGCACUCCUUGUUCAGCAAGGCAAAAGGGAAGCAGAUGCAAAUCAACGGAUUUCCGGACUUCGCCGCUGCAAUGGCCGACCUUGCAAAGGUGCACACAUCCGAAGCCCGGUCUGAGUACGACUACCAGGUCACCGUCCCGGUGGGCGGUUGCCUCAUCAUCUCGCAGGCGCUUGUGACCAAGUUCCAGGCCUCCCAGCUGGUUGCGGAUGACUUUGACAAGGUGUUGCAAGCGCACGACAAAGAGUUCAACCGGGACCACAAGACGGCGUCUGGGCCUGUGGGCAGUGACGAGGCCAACAACAAAGUUGUGCAAAGCCCCAAGAAGUUGCAGAAGGACUAUGACGAUAUGGGGAGCUUCCAGAAGGAGCACAAAACGCUGCUCGAAGCUUCGAUGGGUGAUUACUCGUUGCUGUAUGACCCAGACGAUGCAAGCCUCUGGGUCCACAGCGACAAGAUUGCUUCCAUUCCUGCCAAUACAGAAUGGCUGGGCUUCGGGUCUGGUGACUUUGCAGACGGUGCAACCGCCAACGACAUACUCUCCGACCCGAGCGGGAGAUGGUUCCGGUAUGGCCUCGGUGGCCCAAUGAAGGAUGUGCUCAUCAUUGCUGAGUGUGACCGAACGUUGCCAGACGAGGUGAAAAACCUGACCGUGUGGAACAAGGUGGUGAUGACCCUGAAAGCAUUUGUGGUGGCAAUGGAAGAUGCCGGCGAGCUCGUCACCGUCAUGGGCUCCCAAAAGGGUGAUAAUGAUGACGUGCAGCCGAUCGAGAAGAUCGUCUUCAUUAUGGACCCAAUGAAAGGGGCCAAUGCUCCCAAGAAGCGCAAGAUCUCCAAAGUCCGCCCCAUCACCUUCGGUGCCCAUAUGGAUGUGGCCAAAGUCCGCUCUCUACGUCCUCCAUUCCAAGUGUCAUGGCGCGUGAGGCUUACCCAUCAUCGUGUGAUCUCACCUGUGCGGCCCGUGCUGCUGCACACCCAGGAGGCACAGCAGGCUGAGGGAAAGGAUGCUGAUGCUCAGUCUGGAGGCGCAGGGCAAAGUGGCAUCAGGAGGCUGGAGCGCUUUGAAGUCACGGACAAGUCCAGCGGUGAAGGGCAAGAGCACGGUGAUGGUGAUGGUGAGGAAGAUGAUGAGCUGGCAGGUCCAAAGAAGAAACCUGCCAGCAGAAAGGGUGGCCGCCGAAAGAAGAGCUCGAGUGGCAGUGAGGCUGCAACCCGUAUCAUCAAAAAGAAAAAAGACGACACAGAUGAUUCUCAUGAUGAUGCAGCCGAAAGCAGCGACGAGGCUCCAGCUGUUUAUGACACUAUGGUGCAGUGGGUGGGUUUGUUAGCCUGCCACACAUUUCUUACAGGACAAGAAGAAGAGAAAAGGCAAAGCCAAGAGCAGCAGGAAGACUUCGUCACGGAAGAAGGUGGCCGCAAGAAGGGUGCUACCAACUUGAAUGACCUGGAUGCUUUGGCAAGCUUGAUGCAG